CGGUUGUUUUCAAUACACCAAAGACGCAUGUCUGCUAAUAGCUAGCGGUGGUGAUAAACGAGAAAAGCGGACAUAAAAGUGUCUGAUAAUGGUCCACAUCAGUAGAAUUUGUUUCCGCAAGUAUGGAAACUUUGUGGACAACCUCCGUCUGUACGUACGUGGAGGCACCGGCGGGAUGGCUCUGCCUCGCCUUGGAGGACAUGGAGGAAACGGAGGAAACGUUUGGGUGGUGGCGACAAAGAACACGACUUUAAAGAAGAUCAAGGACAAAUACCCGUUAAAACGGUUCGUAGGGGGAUCAGGAGCCAACAGCAGUGUUCGAGCUCUGAAGGGAGACAAAGGAAAGGAUGAGGAAAUCCUAGCACCCGUUGGUAUCACUGUCACCGCUGAUGACGGCAGAAUACUUGGCGAACUGAAUGCUGAGGGUGAUCGGGUGCUGGUGGCUAAAGGAGGAUCUGGAGGGACACCCUACUCUUCCUUCGAGCCCAAGAAAGGCCAGGUCAAACACAUACGUCUGGACCUGAAGCUCAUCGCUGACCUGGGCCUCGUAGGGUUCCCAAAUGCAGGAAAGUCAUCUCUCCUCACAGCCUUGUCAAACGCCACACCUCAGAUUGCCAACUACGCUUUCACAACUUUGAGGCCUGAGAUCGGCAAGGUAGCCUAUCCGGAUUACAAGCAAAUCUCAAUUGCAGAUCUGCCAGGACUCAUUGAAGGGGCUCACCUGAACAGAGGCAUGGGCCACAAGUUCCUAAAGCACGUAGAAAGGACCAAGCACCUGCUGUUUGUUGUGGAUGUUGGUGGUUUCCAGCUGGCCAGUAAAACACCCUUUAGAUCUGCCUUUGAAGCGGUGCAACUUCUUACCAAGGAACUGGAGUUGUACAAGGAGGAGCUCGUGUCAAAACCUGCAUUACUGGUGGUAAAUAAAAUGGACUUGCCUGAAGCUGAGGACAAGCUGGAAGAACUCAAAGAGCAACUUCAAAACCCAGAGGAGUUCACCGAUUUACUGCCAGAUGAUAUGAUCCCAAAGAGCUUCAUAACAUUCAGACAUGUGGUUCCUAUUUCCGCCCUCAAUGGGUUUGGUGUCGACCAUCUGAAGAGUUGCAUUCGACUCUCGCUGGAUGAGUACGCCGCCAUGGAAACGAGCGCCAUGCAUCAGGAAAAGCUGCAAGCACUGAGGCAACAAUCUCACGAAUGUUUUAGAAACGAGGACAAAAUCUCACUGUCAAGUGGCGUCGGCAGGACUCAGUGAGCGACGUCUGGAGUUCUGGAGUUCUGUCAGCUGAAACAAAGCGAGGUGGAAAAAUCUCUCUUUGGAGAAAAACUGCUCAGCAUCUUCGAUGGAGGAAAUGUUGCAUACAUGUCUGAAAUAUUAACCUGCUCCUUUUGACUUUCUACAUAGGAUAAGGAACAUCUUUUCUGCUUCAUCCAGACGUUCACAAAGAUUAAGAUCAUGUUCAUUAUUGUGUUGAACUUUUAAAGCUGCUUUGAUAACAUCUCAACAUGCAGCAUCCAAAGUGCGAAAAUGUAGAGUUAAAAUAAAUAUUCAAGUUUGGUCGA